AUGGAUAAACAAUUUAAAAUAGAUAAAACAUUCUUAGAAAGCAAUCAGUAUACAGAAGAAGGAAUAAAAUCAUAUGAAUUCAUAUUUGGAGAAGAUUUUAUUUCAUCAGGAGGAUUAGAUGCAACAAUUAAAAUUUUAAAUGACAUAGAAUUGAAUGAAAAUUCCAAAAUUUUGGACAUAGGAUCAGGAUUAGGUGGUGGAUGUAAAUAUUUAAAUAAGAAAUAUGGAGCACAUGUUUAUGGGAUAGAUAUAUCAGAAAAAAUGGUUAACAUAGCAAAAAAAAGGAAUAUAGAAAAUAAAAAAAUUGAAUUUGAGGCCAAUGAUAUAUUAAUGAAACAUUUUCCUGAAAACACUUUUGAUAUGAUAUAUAGUAGAGAUUCUAUUUUGCAUCUUCCCCUUGAAAAUAAGAAGAAAUUAUUUGAAAAAUGUUAUUCAUGGUUAAAGCCCAAUGGAAUUCUUUUAGUGACUGAUUAUUGUGCUAGCAAACCAGAAAAAUGGGAUAAAGAAUUUAAAGAGUAUGUUAAACAAAGAAAAUAUACAUUAACAACUGUUGAAGAAUAUAAAGAUUUACUUAUUUCUAGCAAAUUCAAAAAUGUAAUAUCAAAAGAUAUAAGUGACUUUUGGUUAGAGUUAUUAGAAACGGAAGUUAAAAAAUUAGAAGAUAAAAAAGAUGAAUUUUUGAAACAAUUUUCUACUGAGGAAUACAAUACCUUACGAGACGGGUGGACUAGAAAAAUUAAAGAUAGUAAAAAAAAAAUACAGAUGUGGGGAUAUUUUAAAGCUGUUAAAUGUUAA